AUGUUCAAAGGACCGGGUCACAGGACCGGGUCAAAGGACCUGUCACAGGACCGGGUCAAAGGACCGGGUCAAAGGACUGGGUCAAAGGACCGGGUCAAAGGACCGGGUCAAAGGACCGGGUCAAAGGACUGGGUCUCCAGUACACCUUCCCAGCCCAGUAAGUCCUGUGCCAGCUCCACACACCAGGUCUUCAGUACACCUUCCCAGCCCAGUAAGUCCUGUGCCAACUCCACACACCAGGUCUCCAGUACACCUUCCCAGCCCAGUAAGUCCUGUGCCAGCUCCACACACCAGGUCUCCAGUACGCCUUCCCAGCCCAGUAAGUCCUGUGCCAGCUCCACACACCAGGUCUCCAGUACGCCUUCCCAGCCCAGUAAGUCCUGUGCCAGCUCCACACACCAGGUCUCCAGUACGCCUUCCCAGCCCAGUAAGUCCUGUGCCAGCUCCACACACCAGGUCUCCAGUACGCCUUCCCAGCCCAGUAAGUCCUGUGCCAGCUCCACGCACCAGGUCUCCAGUACGCCUUCCCAGCCCAGUAAGUCCUGUGCCAGCUCCACGCACCAGGUCUCCAGUACGCUUUCCCAGCCCAGUAAGUCCUGUGCCAGCUCCACACACCAGGUCUCCAGUAUGCCUUCCCAGCCCAGUAAGUCCUGUGCCAGCUCCACACACCAGAUUUCCAGUACACCUUCCCAGUCCGGUUGUUGGCCGUGA